AUGCCGCUGCCGGCCCCAAUCUUGUCGCCCACAGCGAUCCACCCAGCGCUGAGCGAUUCGGGCACCUCGCCUGCGCCUGGGAGCGGGAGUGCUGGGGCUUCUCAUCCCAACAAUCCGUCCGCCCAUCUGAAACAUCCCUCGGACUCUCACCCACCAUCCUCUCACCCACACCCGCUCCUCCUCCCGCUCCCACGCACCCGCCCGUCGUUCGCAUCCUUGGAUCAGUGUGCCUCCGAUGGACUUACCAAGGCACGCUUCUCCGAUGAUGCUGACCGCCCAAAGAGUUCUAAUGCAGCUCUAGACCUAGGACGUGCGUCAGCCUUGGAUUGCGCGAUCUCCGACGCAGAUACCGCAGCUGGAACCCCCAAUCUCCGACAUGACGGCCUGGACUCCGUGACACCCAGACAGACUCCCAAACCUGCAUUCGCUUCUCCCCUUUUCUCUUUAGAUACCCCAGUGCAGGCGGACUACAACUCGGUGCGAACCGCGCACUCUCCCGCUUCGGCCUCAGCCUCCACCUUCGCUCACCCGCAACCACCACACGUUCCUGGACAUAAGAAGAACGCCCUGUCGAUCGAGUCUGUGCCCCGGCAGACGAUUAUGAAAGCAUUGGCCUCGGUGGCCCGCAACAACAGACCUCAGCCUCUCUCUCUUUCCGGCAUGCUGUCCGCACACAACAUGCCUCAGGACGGCGACAACCGUCCCUCCACUUCGUCGUCGCAGAAGCUGUGCGACGCCCUCAACGGCAUCGCCCUAUCCGGCAGCACUUCGCUACAGUCACCAUGCUUCUACCACAACCGCUUCGAUGACGCGGUCGACAUCGACAAGGUUCUGGAGGAGAUCAAGAACGAUGAGUGGAUGUCGCAUUCCCGUCUUGUCCAGACGGCCACAGGUGUACGAGAAGUGUCCAAGCAGCUUCAGCGACGGCCCAUUCGACGAGCCGUCAAGAAUGUCAUGAUUGUCACCAAGGCCCGCGACAACCAACUGGUUGUCCUCACCCGUGAACUAGCCCUCUGGCUUCUCCGGACCCCCCGUUAUGGCUCCGACCUCGGAGUAAACGUCUACGUCGACGCCAAGCUUCGAAACUCAAAACGAUUCAACGCUGCGAGCAUUACCGACGAGAACCCUCGCUUCAAGACCAUGCUCAAAUAUUGGUCGCCAGAUCUUUGCUGGAGUCAGCCCGAAAAGUUCGAUUUGGUGCUCACUCUAGGCGGUGAUGGCACCGUCCUCUUCACAUCCUGGCUAUUCCAGCGCAUUGUCCCGCCAGUACUAUCAUUCAGCUUGGGGAGCCUGGGCUUUUUGACCAAUUUCGAAUUCGAGAGAUACAAGGAUCACCUAAAUCGCGUCAUGGGUGACGAGGGGAUGCGCGUCAACCUGCGCAUGCGCUUCACAUGCACGGUGUACAGAGAUGGACCACUCGGACACGAAAUGGAAGAAGGCGAGCAGUUCGAAGUGCUCAACGAGUUGGUCAUUGACCGAGGGCCGUCGCCUUAUGUGUCCAACCUUGAACUAUAUGGUGACAACGAGCUGUUGACCGUCGUCCAGGCGGACGGUUGCAUCUUUUCUACUCCUACAGGCUCAACAGCCUACUCCCUCUCCGCCGGCGGCUCCCUCGUCCACCCCGACAUUCCCGCCAUCCUACUCACGCCCAUCUGCCCACACACGCUCUCCUUCCGACCCAUGGUCCUCUCCGACACCAUGCUCCUCCGCGUCUCCAUCCCGCGGAACAGCCGCGCGACCGCCUACUGCGCAUUCGACGGCAAAGGUCGCGUGGAGCUCCGCCAGGGUGAUCACGUCACCAUCACUGCCUCCCAAUACCCCUUCCCCACAGUCGUCCGCGCCGACGCCGAGUGGUUCGACAGCGUCUCUAGAACAUUGCGGUGGAACACGCGCGGCGCCAUGCAAAAGGCCUUUGACGCUUCCUCGGGAGGGACGGGAAGCGAUGCGGGUGGGGAACAAGAGGAGGAAGGGUGGGAUAUUGAUACCGAUUCGGCUUGUUAUGCGAGCGAGGAGGGGAGCGUGAGUGCGAGUCCGUUGAGGAGGCAGAUGAGUCUUUUGGGGAUGUAA